AUGAAUGUUAAUGUCAGUCGGUUCUACAAUGUAUUGACAUUCCUCGAGCAGUCUGACAUUAUGAAUGUUAAUGUCAGUCGGUUCUACAAUGUAUUGACAUUCCUCGAGCAGUCUGACAUUAUGAAUGUUAAUGUCAGUCGGUUCUACAAUGUAUUGACAUUCCUCGAGCUGUCUGACAUUAUGAAUGUUAAUAUAAAGUACAGGAAGCGACAGUUAAAACAUGUUAUUCGUGCCAUGGACAAGGACAAAACAAAAUGUGGUACACAGCUUUUGAAGGACAUAACUUUACUUCAGGCCAUUUAUUGGAUUGACAGUGCGUGGAAGGAAGUCGAUGUGACAACCAUCACAAAGUGUUUUAUAAAAUGUGGGUUUUCAGAAUCUCAACAACGCAUACAUGACGAUGAUGAUAAUGAUGACGACAAUGAUGAUGAUGUUCCUCUGUCAGUGCUUGCUUUGUCUAGGGACUUGUUCGACUGUGACUUUAAAGAUUUGGUUGCGAUUGACCAAUCGAUGGCCACCUGUGACCUAGCUCUCACCGACUGGAACAAGGAUGCCAAAGACAUACUGCAGGAUAUAACUGUAGAUGAUCCAGCACUCAGUGAUGAUGAUGGUGAUGAUGAGCAAGGAGAUGAUGAAGAUAAACCCUGCUCAAUUUGUGAGGGCGAGUUCUAUAUCAAGCGAUUGCGAGCACUAGCCAUUUCUCAGGGGAAAUCCAAAAUGUUAAAUCAUGUCAUGGGAGUUGAUGAGUGUCUACUUGAAAUGAGAAUGGAUAAUGUAGAAGGACUAGUACAGCAGUCGAAGAUAUCCGACUUCUUUCUUCAGAAGUAAUCAUCUUUCCUUGAUUGUAUAAACUGUCCUCCUGUACAUCCUCCUGUACACACUAGAUGAUAUAUUUUUUAGUACAUGUAUUUUGUAUUAAUGUUACAUUUUCAUGAAAUGUUACAACAAGUAAUUUUUAUGUUUUAUAAUAUGAUGCAGUAUGUAGUGUAUUUAUUGAUUAGAAUUGGUGCAAUAUUGAUACAUUGAUUGGGUAAACAAAUAGUGCUGUGAAAUUAACUGUGAUCAAUGAGUAGUGUUUUAUGUAACAUUUUACAUUAGCAUUAUCUUAAGUUUGGUAAAUGUUUUACAGAAUUGUUACUGUUUUUUAAUCAAAUGUAAUUUUUAUGUUGAGCAAUAGUAUAAAAUGGUGCUGUAUAUAUGUAUUUAUUUAAUACUGUAAUAAAAUGUGAACCUUA